UCUAUACCAUUUUUCCUAUCCAAAUUCCCCCAUCCGCCCCACUUUGUUCUUCCGACAUUGCACAGAGGGAACGCCCCAAACUUGUUUCUCUUUCUUCUCAGGUCAGUUCGUUCGUUCUCUACUCUAGUAGUAAGUAUGUAACAAGAAUUUUAGGAUGGUGAAGUUAGUGGCUCAAAGUCUUCUUCUUGGCCUUUACCUUCAAGUCCUUGCGGUAUUUGCUGUUGAUGUUCACCGCCUUAACAUAUGGCCAAUGCCCCAAUCAGUAAGCAAUGGGCAUCAAAUUCUUCAUAUGAGUAAGGACUUUGAGCUAAUGACUCAAGGAACCAAAUAUCCUGACGCUUCUGGGAUAUUGAAGGAUGGAUUCUCUAGAUUACUUGAUGUUGUCCAAGCUGCUCAUGUUGUUGAUGGCAACUUUUCCCAUUUCGACCAAUCUGUCCUGCUUCAGGGAAUUCAUGUGGUUAUUUUUUCACUCAAUGAUGAGUUACAAUAUGGGAUUGAUGAAUCAUACAAGUUAUCUAUUCCUGCAGCUGGAAAUCCGGUUUAUGCACAUCUUGAGGCACAAACAGUUUAUGGAGCCUUACAUGGGCUGCAGACAUUCAGCCAACUUUGCCAUUUUAACUUUACUACCAGAGUAAUUGAAGUUCAUCAGGUCCCUUGGAACAUUAUUGAUCAGCCAAGGUUCUCUUAUCGAGGGCUCUUAAUUGAUACAUCUCGACACUAUCAGCCACUUCCAAUGAUAAAGAAGGUUAUUGAUUCUAUGGCUUACACAAAGUUGGAGAAUUUUGAGGCAUCGCUGCUCAUGCUAACAAAAUUGGCAUUUAAUCUUGCUAUGUUGUUUGUAUGUAUGGGGGAUUUUAUAUCUGCUAUUGUUGAUGUAGAACAUUGGAGGCACAAGAAUGUGCUACAUUGGCAUAUUGUAGAUUCCCAAUCUUUCCCUUUGGAGAUACCUUCAUAUCCCAAACUAUGGUUCGGGGCUUAUUCUAUUUCCGAACGAUAUGCAAUGGCUGAUGCUGCUGAAAUUGUGAGUUAUGCUCAGAGGCGAGGUAUUAAUGUAUUGGCUGAAAUUGAUGUUCCAGGACAUGCUCUCUCCUGGGGGACUGGUUAUCCUUCCUUAUGGCCGUCAAAGGAUUGUCAGCAGCCACUUGAUGUCAGCAAUGAAUUUACCUUCAAAGUAAUAGAUGGGAUUCUUUCAGAUUUCAGUAAGAUCUUCAAAUUUAAAUUUGUUCACUUGGGAGGCGAUGAAGUUGACACCAGGUGCUGGGCUAUAACUCCUCAUGUAAAAAAAUGGUUACAGAAGCAUGCUCUGAAUGAAUCCGAAGCUUAUCAGUACUUUGUCCUGCGGGCUCAGAAAAUAGCAUUGUCAUAUGGAUAUGAAAUUAUCAACUGGGAAGAGACCUUCAACAACUUUGGAGAUAAAUUGAGCCGGAAAACUGUGGUGCACAACUGGCUUGGGGGUGGUGUUGCAGAGCGAGUGGUUGCAGCUGGAUUGAGGUGCAUUGUAAGCAACCAAGAUAAGUGGUAUUUGCAUUAUUUGGAUACCACAUGGCCAGAAUUCUAUAUGAAUGAACCACUCACAAAUAUCACAAACCCCAAGCAACAAGAAUUGGUUAUUGGAGGUGAGGUAUGCAUGUGGGGUGAACAUAUUGACGGAUCCGAUAUUGAACAAACAAUAUGGCCACGUGCUGCAGCAGCUGCUGAGAGGCUUUGGUCACCUUAUGACAACCUUGCAAAGGAUCCUCGGCAAAUCACUGGAAGGUUAGCACACUUUAGGUGUUUGCUGAAUCAGAGAGGAGUUGCUGCUGCUCCAUUAGCUGGACCUGGUCGAGUUGCCCCACAAGACCCAGGUUCCUGUUAUAUGCAAUAAAGCUGAAGAUGAUUUCAACUGCAUCGGAAUUAUGCUGUCGUAUUCAACCAUGUCCUAUCUGCACCAAAUAAUAUCCACAAAAAUAACGAGUCUCCUGAUGAAGUCAGGCAGGUCUCUGUCUCUGAUGUUCUAGGCUUUUUGAGCCAUGUAAUCUUUCUUUGUUUUUUCUUUUUGAGUGAUAUCUGUUUGCAAUGCAUUUGUUCUAUCUUGCACUAAAGAUGAGGAAAGGCUGAUUAAUUUAUACGCCCUCAAUUUAUCAUGUAGUACUCAUCAUUGUAUCUGUGAAAUGCCUACAUAAUUCUUCUCUCUCUUACCUAA